CUGGUCCGUCGGGGGAGCCCCGAUCCACGGCCCUGGCGUCUCCCGCCAUAGCCCCACACUCAGCUUCCGCUUGUGCUUGGGGGCCAGGCAGUCAGUUCCAUGGAUCGAUUUCUGCCUUGCCCCAGGUUGGUCGUCUCUCCGCUGUGGAGUCAAAUGUGAGCUUCGAUUGCUGCACAGACCGGGAAUUAGUGUUUUAGAAUUGAGCUGUGAAGUGCCCGGCGAUGGCGUUGCUGGUGGACGCUGGAGCUGCGGGGACGCGGGGUGCGGUUCAGCCUAUGCAUUCUUCUGUUACGACUGCGACCUCGGGUUUGAGCUCGGGUUCGUCGCGUUUAGGGACCGUGGGCGUGCGCUGUGGUAUUGUAGCUCGGGCUGCGAUUUCAGGGGCGGCAAGUAGUGAAAUUGCAGUGCGACCAUGUGGAGCUUGUAGUCUGAGAAGCACGUUCGCAGGUCAAAGAGUUGGCGCAUUUUGUUCUUUUGCGGGAACCAAAACGCAAAGUGUUCACAAUGGCUCUCGUGUGAGCGCAUCAUCUAAACCAGAGGACAGAAGCGAUGACAAUGAAGCCUCUGAAAAGCAACCUGAAGUGACUGAAACCUUAUCGAGUUUGAAAUCUGAGGACAGUGGCAAAGAUGAUGCCGACCAGGUGACAUUGUCUCUGGACGAUGUGAAUCCUGUUGGACUCGGAAGGCGAACUCGACAGGUUUUCGACGCUGCAUGGCGACGACUGACAAAUCUUGGACAGCUAACGAGUGCCUCCAGGCCUAGUGAUGAGUACGAUUUUGAAAAAGUGGUAGUUGGAGGACCAAUGUGUGACUUCCAAACUCCAAAUGCAGAGCUCACCACCGUUCUUGUUGCUGGUGCUACCGGGCGUGUGGGACGCAUUCUUGUUCGUAAGCUGCAGCUUCGAGGUUAUAAAGUGAAAGCUGUAGUAAGGCAGAAUGACGAGGAAACGUUGGACAAGCUCCCCCGUUCAGUUCAGAUUAUCGUUGGCGAUCUUGGAGAUCCAGCCACGUUGAAGGAGGCCGUCGAAGGGUGCAACAAAAUUGUCUUUUGCGCCACUGCAAGAUCCACAAUUACAGGAGAUUUGAGCAGGGUGGAUCACCAGGGUGUCUACAAUCUCUCGAAAGCUUUUCAGGACUACAACCACAAACUGGCCCAAACGAGGGCAGGGCGUAGUAGCAAGAGCAAGUUAACCAUUGCCAAGUUCAACCAAGCUACUGCUUCGGAUGGAUGGGAACUCAGAGAAGGCCUUUAUUUUACAGAUGAAAUUGCUGGAAUGUAUGACGGUGGGAUGGACGCCCAAUUUGAGGUCAGCGAGGAUGGAAAUGCCGUCUUUUCAGGUUAUGUGUUCACACGAGGAGGUUAUGUCGAAUUGGCAAAGAGAAUCUCUUUACCUCCUGGGCUUACACUCGAUAGGUACGAAGGGUUGGUUCUAUCAGUCUGCGGGGAUGGCAAGGCCUAUACACUUCUUCUUGAAACAGAUCCUUCUGAGGAUGAUCCCAAACCCAGACAAUACUUCGUUCGUUUUCCCACACGACUGGGAUACAGUCGGGUUAGGAUACCCUUCAAUUCAUUUCGUCCAAUGGAUCCCGAGUCUCCUCCUUUGGAUCCUUUCCUUGUGCACACCCUUGCUUUCAGAUUUGAGCCCAGACGGCAGAAAUCUUCAGCAAAUCGUCCAGCCAGUACCUUGACCCCUGCCCAGGAAGGCCAGAAUAACAGUUUCAAGCUUAUACUCGACUACAUCAAAGCAUUGCCAGGUGGUCAAGAGACCGAUUUCAUACUUGUGUCAUGUUCAGGGGCAGGAGUUCCAAACGAUGCAAAGGAAAAGGUUUUAAGAGCUAAGCAGGCUGGAGAAGCAGCCUUGAGAAAUUCAGGACUAGGUUACACAAUCAUACGACCUGGAACCCUCCAGGAAGAGCCUGGAGGCCAAAAAGCCCUUGUUUUCGAUCAAGGCGAUCGCAUUACCCAGAGCAUAAGCUGUGCGGACGUGGCUGAUGUCUGCGUGAAAGCAUUGCACAAUCCUACUGCUCGCAAUAAGAGCUUUGAUGUUUGUUAUGAAUACGCAGCAGAGGAGGGUCUUGGCCUGUAUGAGCUGGUAGCACAUUUACCAGACAAAUCGAACAAUUAUUUAACUCCAGCAUUGGCUGUUCUUGAGUCAAACACCUGAAGACGAAGUCAAAAUUUGUCGAUUAGAUGUGCAGGACCCACUAUCUUGGAGUUUUUUUGCGCAUAUGACACUGUUGCCUUGAAGCUCACUCUCAAAGUUCGGGUUGCAUAGAAUUCGAAGCUGUCAAUCUUUCUUAGGAUACAGCUGUUUUUCGUGUAUUUCUUGUAAGAUGUCCAACAGAUUCUUUUACAGAUUUAAGCACCUGAAAGGUCUUCAGUUUGGUUAGCCAUAUGUAACUUUAAACCCUGUUAGUACAGAUAUGGUAGGAAACAUUAUGAUCGUUGGGUAUUGUAAUUUUUCUCCGAAGUGCAAGUAUUUUAUAUCCAAAGGUGUGAAUCUA